AUGGCUCCUCAUGCUAUUAACAGCCCCAAGAAGAAGAGGUCAAAGCACAAAGGCUCAGAUGCUUCUGGCAGGGCAGCAUACCACUUGUUUCUCUUGGCCUUGCUAAAGCUAAAGAUGGUGCUCUACAAUGUUCCAGCUGCCCCAAUACAGGGAAAAGAGGCUUCAGAACCAGCUCGUAAAGAACAGAAGGGUCAUUCAAAGGUCAGGCAUGUAGUUUCUUUGCCUUAUAGUUCACUUACUAUUACCAAUGGUCCUGCAAGCAUUGAUAACACAGGUUCUGGUUUUUCAAUAUACCAACCUGGUGGAAGUCUUUAUGAGGCUAACAAUUCACAUAUUGCUAUUGGCUUGAAGGCUGUCAAGAAGCAUGCUAUGAAAGUAGCUCAUGAUCCAAACCCACAUAAUAUUGUACUGCCACUCACCACCUUCAUGGAACAAAACUUGGAUCUGGCCCUUUUUGAGGAGAAUAAUAAUGUCAGUAGAUCCAAAGGCAGCAGCACCAACAACAGUAAUGAUGAGGACGAGGAUGAGCAUACCAAUGAGAAUGAGUAUUAA